AAAAUUCGAGCAAACAGUGGGUGUCUCCACAAAGGCCGCCUCUGCUUUUCCACGAUACCGGACGGUCCAGUACCUGAUUGGUACCUUCAUCAAGCACGAAACCAUUUUGAAGCAGCUUCGGAAGUUGCAUCGUUCAAAUGGCUCUCAGGGCUGGGAGGGAGCAAUCUUGCGAAGUUGUUCCUUGCUUAUCAUAGCUCAGCGCAAGCCAUGCUGGAAAAUUGGUAAAUCGAAAGAGUUGGCUGUCCCUGGCAUCGAUCAUGCACACCAGAGCCAGCCUCACGGUCACACUCCGUACCAGGUACAGCUUCGAUGAUGAGCGAGGACGAUGAAGGGGUUGAGGAUACUUCCAAGCUUGUUUGUGGGCCGACUCGGUGCAUCCAAGUUUACCGAUGCCGCCGCGGUGGGUUCCUUCACAAUUCUACUUGUGCGCACACCGGUAUGGCGUACGGGUACUAGUACAGUAUACGGUACGGUACGGGACGUUUUUACCGUACAGUACCAAACCUGAGGCUGUGUCGUGGGUUUUCAAUCUAAGUAUCUUUGGCACAUUAAAGCUUUUGUGUACCAGUGAAUUUCAGUCGGAGUUUUUGUUUAGCGUCCAGACAUGUUUCAGACCACGAUCGAUGACCAUCGUCCAACAUCACGACAAAGAAUUGCCUCUUGUCUCCCUCAAAAAGAUCUCUCACAAAAACCUUCACUGAGAAGAGAGAAAAGCAGAACCAGAACCCAAAGAAAGAGAAUCCAGAAAGAUCGCGACAAUGACGGAAGGAAACAUCGAGAAUAACACAAACACAAAGCGGCCCAACGAGGAGUCUUCUGAUAAUGUUAUCCUAAAGCUGCCCAAUGAGGUGUCUUCUGGUAAUGUUGCCCCAAAGCCACCUACCGUGGAAAAAUCGAUUCUUGAGCUCCAAGGAGAUGAUACCGGCGGCAUGACUGGGCAAGGCCGCUCCACAGACGCGGGAAGGAGUGGCCGCACGUUGGCGAUUGGUCUGGUUGCUGUGAUUGCUUUGGUCCUUGUGAUUGUCCUUUUGGUUGUUCUAACGAAAAGUGACAACGAAGACUAUGAGAUGGAACCGCCAGUCGCGAUGAACUUUGCCACUGGAGUUUCGCUCAUUACAGCCUACAACAUCAACGCCACCAUCAGUCAUCGUCUGGCGCGCACUGUGAUCAAAAUGGAAGUUGCAAAUGCUCUGGACUGCACUUCCAUCCACGGCGUCACCUUGCAGCUGCCUUUGGCGGCACGAGUUGCGGCUCUCCGCACUAUAGCAGAUGACGGCUGCACCACACGAGGCGAAGUCCAAGCAUUGGAAGAAGCACGAGAAACGUUUGUUGAGACAGCCGCACAAGGCUUGCCUGGAGCCUACGUUGAGGCCCGUGAUGCUGUUACUUACAGCCUUCAGGUGUCUCUUCCGCCCAUGGGAACAACCGUGGUGGAGCUGGUGCUGGAAGAGAUCCUUCGUCAAAGAGUUGGGCAGGUUGAAUUCCAGAUUCCGCUUGUGCCCGAUGAACAAGUCGAUCAAGUGUCUUUGGUGGUCAACAUUUUGGAUGUCGGUACCGCUGACCUUGUUGAAGUGGUGACUGGGUACGCAACCGCCAACCAGACCGCUAUGGGCACAAGCGGCGAUGGAGCUCCCUUCAAUCUGGACCUCGGUCCUGACCUCAGCGUCGGGUUGGUAAGGUCUCCGUUCUCGCUUGAGAUUUCUGAUGCCCGUGAAUAUAACUUGCCCCGAGUCACGAGCGGCCACUUCAACCCUGGCGUCCUCCCUGACGGGGGAGUUUUGCAUCGGGAUGGCGACUGCUUUGAAUACAGCUUCUUACCCGAUUCACUCCAACCCAAGUCCAAGAAUAUUUUCUUCCUAGUGGACACAAAUCAGAAUGGAUACAGUGGCUUCUUUGACGCAGCCAAAGCUGCGCUGGCCGCAUCGAUUGACUCUUUGACAGAACGUGAUACGCUGACAAUACAAGCUUUUGGAGCAAAGGGCACGGAAGAGUUGUGGGGAUCCACCAAGGCCACAGACACCGAAAAAAUCGAGGCCAAGCGAUUUGUGAGCCAGCUGGAACAAACCGCAUGGAACACGAACUUUCAUGAAGCCCUGCUGGAAGGUUUGCUUCGUGCCAACCGAGAUGCAGGCAAAGACAAUGGUGUCGUUACACUGAUGGUGGUCCUCUCGAAUAGUUGGGCUGGGGCGGGUGCCACGAAUCGCUCCAGGAUCGCCAGCGAUAUCUGGAAACUGAACCAGGAAGGCGAUGUCAAGAUAUUCUCCUUGGGAUCUCCCCGUUCGGAUCUGGAACUCUUGCGCGCAAUUGCAAUUAUGAAUGGUGGUGUCACUACCCCAGUUGCAGACGGAACAGCCAGCUUCUCAGCUCAAAUGGAAAGCUUCUUUGAGAGUGAGUUUGGAAACAUUCUUCUCUCGGACGUACAAGUCACAUUCGGAGGCGAUGCCUUUGUAUACGGUGCGACGCCACGGGAAUUCCCUGUGCUGGCAGAUGGAACAGAGGUUGUGGUUCGUGGUCUCUUGUCAACCGACGGCGCAACGUCUCUCGGAGAGGCCAGCUUGCGUGCCGUCACAACAGCCACCUCCCCGGAAGGAUCCCAAAGUUGGACCGCGACCGCUGUGGCUGACCCCUUUGUCACAUCAACAGGACUCCCCAACUCCCGCUGUUUCCAAUCAUAUGCUCAUUCACGCAUCACCCAGUUGUUGCACCUUCGGGAUGUGGCGCUCCUCCUGGGAGACCCAGUUGUGGAACCCGUGGUUUCAUUGACCAAUCCCUGCAACGGGACCACAAGCUUGGCGGAUUGCAUCAAGGAGGAAGCAUUGUCGCUGGCACUGAAAGCACAGCUCGUUACUCGUGGACUGACGGGUUUGGUGACUAUCGACGAAAAUCAAUGCUUGGUGUACAACGAAGAAGCAGAGAUUUGCCUAGACGGAACAAACAAAGGAGACUCGUAUUGGAACGAAGACACAGCGGCGGAUGCGAUGGAGUAUGAUUCGUCUGAGGGCGGUAGCAGUGCCAUGUCCGCCUCGUAUGGCGGUUCGGAUGGACGCGGCUACUACGCCAGUGCUGGCACCACGAUGCGGGCAAGCUUUUCGUCUGCAUUGGUCAUGUCCGGGUUGGCCUUCCUUGCGAUGUGCCUUGCUUCUUGGAGCUGAGCUUGGUGACUUGUGUUCGUGCGUUUGUUCCAUACGGAGGCGAGAUUUGUAUGUGCUUGUAGCACUUAAAUUAAUAUCUAUGUAGCUUCUAGUUAUGGUU